AUGAAAUCUACUAUAUCAUCAGAUGCGUGGGAAAGAAAGAAAGAGUUAAUUGCUAAACUAUACGUGAAGGAGGAAUGGCCUCUGAAGCAGGUCAUCAAACAGAUUUGUUCGGACGGUUUUAAUCCAAGUGAGACACAACUGCGAAGUCGCUUGAAGAAAUGGCGGAUCACCAAGUCCUCCCACCAGAGUGGCAAGAAAGUCCGGGGUCGGAAUUCGGGGGGCAAUGAGUCUCAAAAGGAUGUGAAGCGAGACCCAGCUGCUCCCCCAAGCAAUAAUAGACUAUCCCCAGCAGCAAAGGAGAUAUCCACCACGGGCUGGGACUGGUCAAAUAUUCCGGUCGGCACACUAUUAGAUAUGCAAUCCCAGCAAAUAGACCAGAAGUGGAAUGCCUCUCUGGCUCAACAGUUGAUACCGAGUCCAUCGGUGGACCAUACCCGUGCCUCAGACAGAUCCUACGCUGUCCACGAUUUCCCAGAUCUCAACUCACCUAUUACUCUUUUUGAGCAGCCGGCUCGGACCUCUACAGCCGCCGAGGGUCUCAUUAUGAACACCACAUCUGCUGCGGUGGCUUCCUCUGCUGGACAGCCCGUCUAUCCUGGUUCAUAUAUACUCAGCCCGGAGUCGACAAUGGCAGUUUGGUCACCUUGCCCCGUCUCUCCAAACCUGGGUCUUAAUUCUACCAUGCACCCCGGAUUCUGGUGCCGCAAUCCCUUAGAAGCCACCACUCCUCCGCCAGGAGUGCCUCAAUCUGCAUCUGUGGGCCCCUCUGUAUCACACCAUCGGGAAAAAGUCCCUAUUGCGGUCCCACCAUCUCCAGGUGCCUACGCUCAUGAGCUCCCUCAUUAUAGGGUUUGCGACAAUAGUUAUUGGAAGCGUGACCUUUCUCUCCAUUGUGACUAUCACGGACGGCUCAAACACGGCGAGGAGAAUCCCUUCCCGCCUCGCCAGCCCCCUGUUAGUAUAGCGCCAUUGCCGUCCAGCCAGGUAAACCGACAAAGUAAUUGGCCCUCAUAUUAUCCCGUACCUGGGACAGGGCCCUAUGGUUCAACGUCCUAG